GGGACAUACGUGUCGAAUACAAACAUGUAGUCAUUAUGCGUUUACCUAAAAGCCGUUGAUUGCUUUACUCACCUAAGGGACUUCGACGGAGCAUGAAACACCUCAUGGACGUUUCAGGAAGUCAGCACUGAGCACCUAAUUUACGCAUCGAGUCAACGACUACCAUGCAUGAGCCAUUUAUUCUAGCUGUUUCUGGUGGUUCAUAAGUGUCCACGAUUGCGCAGCCAUGUCGCAGAGGACAUCCUGGAUAGAGACCCUUGACAGCCUGCCUGGUCUUACCUUAGAAGAAAAAGCACGAGCAAGAGUACUCAUACUUGCAAGACCUCCAGAAGAUAGACCGCUUUUCUUUGAAGGCAACUUUGCCGAUGUCCUGGCCACCAUCCGAGCGCUCCUCAAGGAGCCCUCGGUUGCUGCAAGCAUGCCGGUCGCGGGAGCUACCAGAGCAGCGCCCGCGCCUGCGCUAACACGUCGUGCGGACUCCUCGUCUUCAACAGCAGUAGCGAAAGCCAGGACAGCGAUGUGGGCGGAGAAUUCGGUACCCAACGGUAGCACUACCACAUCGGUGGCCCGACGUCCGCGGUCUGCGGCCCCAAAUCCGGCCUUUGGAGGCUUAACGCGGCCCUACCCCUCGCCCUGCGGGGCCGCCCUGGUCAUCCGUGCCGCCGCCAGGUCAGCUGCCCGGCGGGGUAACUACACAACAACCGUUGCACCCAACGGCCUCACGACCUCCCUCAACUCCUGGCUAGAUGCCGCCAUGUCACAGCAGCACAUCCCCUCCGUGACCGGCGUCGCCAAGCGACUCACCGCGCUAACAGAGGAGGCCUCAGCAGCCUUCUUCUUCAAACCAGGGGACAUAUUCUUCCAGGUUGAGCAGUCCAUCAACCCAAAUGGCGGCAAUCCGAUUAUCCGGCGUGAAACCGUGUUUGCAAUGAUCAUCGCGGUAAUGAAGAAUUUCACCUCCCUGGCAGUUAAGAUCCGUGCCGUGGAUCUAGAGGGCCGCCCAGUCAGAUCUGCCAUGACGGCAUCGGCUUUCUUCCGAAGCUAUGUCGUACCGGAUCCGCGUGACAACCUGGAUUCCCUCCUGGAUCAGAUUGCGGUGGGUGACAUCGAGAUUGAGGAGUGCAUGCAGUGGCGGCGCAAACCCAAGGACUGGCCCAAAUGGGAUGGCAGUCCGAAGGAUUUCUGGUACGGCUACAUGAACGCGGAGGAGGCAGCGGCGGCGCUGGCAGCAACCGCGGCGUCUGUAGGGGCGACGGCGGGAGCAGCUGCGCCCCCUGCGCUGUCGUCGGCCCCGUCACUGGUAAGAGGAGC